GAAAGGGUCACGGCCUAAGGAGAGCACAAGGGGUUAAUAUAACGCACAAUCGUGGGUGCUGACCGGGGCCCCCGUGGCACUUUUUACCCCCCUUAUCUUUUUGGAGUGAAAGGCCCUCACAUGUUCUUGAGAACAGUCCUGCUUUUAUGGUGCUGUGGAUUACUGAGUCCAAGACAGAUGUCGCGCCACCAGGGUCUCCUCAAGUGCCGAUGCCGCAUGCUUUUCAAUGACUUGAAGGUCCUCCUGCUCCGGCGCCCACCGCAGACGCCCAGUUUGCCCAUGAACAGCACAGAAUGCGAUCUGGGUGCUGGAGGUGCUUUGGCAGCCAACAAUAACACGUUGACGGCCCUAGGGCGAGCUUGGAGGGUUCCGGGAAGCGGGGCGACUUCGGAGGAGGAUUGGUGCUACCCUGCCACGGCCCCGGGACUCCAGCACCAGCCCACGUCGGUGGUCAGUAGUACUUCCUCGGACGAGUUCUACAAAGGAAAAAAUGAGGACAGGUACUCAUUGGGGAGCCUGGACAGUGGUAUGAGGACACCUCUAUGCAGGAUUUGCUUCCAAGGACCUGAACAGGGGGAGCUGCUGAGUCCUUGCCGCUGUGACGGAUCUGUAAAGUGUUCGCACCAGCCCUGUCUUAUUAAAUGGGUCAGCGAGCGCGGAUCCUGGAGCUGUGAACUGUGUUAUUACAAGUACCACGUUAUUGCCAUAAGCACAAAAAACCCUCUUCAGGUAAAGUGGCAAGCCAUCUCCUUGACAGUCAUAGAGAAAGUACAGAUUGCAGCGGCCAUCUUGGGCUCCCUGUUCCUCAUCGCCAGCAUCUCGUGGCUCAUCUGGUCAACGUUCAGCCCGUCGGCAAAGUGGCAGCGGCAGGACCUGCUCUUCCAGAUCUGCUACGGAAUGUACGGCUUCAUGGACAUCGUCUGUAUAGGAUUGAUCAUUCACGAAGGACCUUCUGUUUAUAGGAUAUUUAAACGAUGGCAGGCCGUCAACCAACAGUGGAAGAUCCUCAAUUACGACAAAUCAAAAGACUUGGAGGACCAGAAACUGGGGACGUCCCACCGGCCUAGCGAGCGCAAUUCUUCCCAAACCAAUAACUCAGCCACCGCGGCUGGUACAGCCAAUAACUCCACCCCCGUUGACAGCGGUAACCAUAGUAACGGCCAUGCGGGUACCCUGUCGGACCAUCACUGUGCGUACACCCUAUUUCACAUCCUCAGCCAUCUUAGACCACACGAACAGAGAAGCCGAUCUAACGCCAACAGAGAGUUUGUCAUGAGAGUCACCACAGUCUGAGGUAAAUCCGGAGGCCUUAUCUGGCAAAUGCGUGCCUUUCUUUCACAACUAACACACUAGGCCUCAGCUGGACCUUCUCCAAGAUGGAAGGCGACAGAGGAAAGUGAUGGGCUGGUCCGGUCCAU